AUGGAAAGCAGCUCUUUACAUGACGCAACAACAGCCAGUGCGUUUGGUAUCGCGAUGGCGACACUGGCAGCGCGUCGUAAGCACGACAUUAUGAUUUACGCACGCGACUUAAACGUUGUGCAAGUCAUUAACGAAACACACCGCAGUCCACGCGUUGUCUUGCAUUUUACACUACUGCCAAAUAUUCGCGCUACGACUUCUGUGCGCGAGGCCGUCGCUGACGCCAAGAUGGUGAUUGUGUGUUUGCCGGCACAGUUGACGCCCAUUUCUUGGCCCAACACCGUUCCGAUAUCUCGACGGAUGUGCUGGUGA